CGACCGGAAGCGGGUGGGCGGGACCACCCGAAGAGCCGGGAGUGGGAAAUAAGGUAUCUCCGUAGCUCGCUUCCGGGCCGGUGGAGGAACGGAGCGGAGCUGGAGGAGGCGAUGGCGACGGAGCGGGGGGUGCCGGGGCUGGAGGCCCAGAAGCGGCAGGUGGAGGGGGACGGGCCUACCCUACCCGGGCGGGAGCGGCCGUUGGUGGCAGGAGAGGAAUGGUAUCUUCUGGAGAAUCACUGGUACCAGCAAUGGAAGGCAUAUGUAGAAUCUGGAGACCAGAAUUCCAGCUCUUACCCAGGUCGGAUCAACAACGCUGAGCUCUUUGAAGAUUUGGAGUCGUACCGGUUGAAGGAUAGGCUGGUGGAGUAUGAGGAGUACAUUCUGGUGCCGAAGGACGUGUGGGACAAACUGGUGAGCUGGUAUGGCCUGGAGCACGAGCAGCCACCCAUUGGACGCAAGGUCGUGGACCUACCAAGCAUGCCAAAAGUGGAAGUUUAUCUGGUGGAUCUCUACCUCUGCCAGCACAAUGACAUGGAUAACCCUGUCAUGGCCUCCUUCAGCCGCCUGGACAUUAUCGACAACGUCCUUAAGGAAGCCCGGCGGCUCUUUGCGGUCCCACCUGAGGAGGAGACAAGGCUCUGGGUGAAGAAUGCAGACGGGUCUUGCGAGAGGUUGCGGAACUUGCAGAUGACCGUUCUGGACGCUUGCCUCAGUUCAGGGCAGAUGGUGAUAAUGGAGACCAGGAGCAAAGACGGCACUUGGCCCAGCUCUAGGCCGCAUAUUAUGAAGAACUCCAUGGAGGAGGAAGAACUGUACCAGGGCCAGCCAGGAGUCUGCGGCCUCACCAACCUGGGGAACACCUGUUUCAUGAACUCUGCCUUGCAGUGUCUGAGCAACGUUCCGUCCCUCACGGAGUACUUCCUCAAGAAUUGCUACCUGGAGGAGCUCAACUUCACAAACCCCCUGGGAAUGAAGGGGGAAAUUGCGGAAGCCUAUGCCGACCUCAUCAAGCAACAGUGGUCUGGGCACCACCGCUCCAUUGUGCCUCGCAUGUUCAAGACCAAAGUGGGUCACUUUGCCUCCCAGUUCCUUGGCUACCAACAGCACGACUCUCAGGAGCUCCUCUCUUUCCUGCUCGACGGGCUGCAUGAGGAUCUGAACCGCGUCAAGAAGAAGGAGUACAUAGAGCUGAAGGAUGCGGCCGGGCGGCCGGAUGAGGAAGUAGCAGAGGAGGCGUGGCACAACCACAAACGCCGCAACGACUCCAUCAUUGUCGACAUCUUCCACGGGCUCUUCAAGUCAACCCUGGUGUGCCCGGAAUGUGGCAAAGUUUCCGUGACCUUCGACCCUUUCUGCUACCUCAGCGUCCCCCUGCCUGUCAGCAAAGAGCGAGUCAUGGAGAUUUUCUUCAUCUACAUGGACCCCUGCAAGAAACCUGAGCAGCACAGACUGAUUGUCCCAAAAGCUGGGAAAGUGCUAGACCUCUGCCGCACCUUAUCCGAGCACACAGGUGUGCCAGCUGAGCGGAUGAUGGUGGCGGAUGUAUUCAGUCAUCGUUUCUACAAGAUCUAUCAGAUGGAAGAAUCCCUGAGCUGCAUUCUGGACCGGGACGAUAUUUUCAUAUAUGAAGUAUCAGUCUCCCCGCAGGAGGACCCGGCCACGGCAGAUGCAGUAGUCUUGCCUGUGUAUCUGCGAGAGCGCACCCACAGUCGUGAGUACAGCGAUACCUACUAUGGAGUGAUGCUGUUCGGCCACCCGCUCCUGGUCUCUGUGCCUCGGGAUCAGCUCUCUUGGGAUUCCCUUUACCACCUCCUGCUGCAUCGGCUCUCCCGCUACGUAACUCGACCAGACUCUGAGGAAGAAGAGGAGGAGGAGGAGGAUCAGAGUGAGGAAGAGGACCUCUACAGCAAGAGGCCCAACGGGCUAAGUGAAGGCGAGGAGGAAGAGGAGGAGGCGACGACAGCGGAAGGCUCCACUAGCCAGGAACCCAGCUCGGAAACAGAGGAAAACCCCUCAGAUGCCUCCGUAGGGGAGGAUGGAGCCGGCAUGCAGGGGAGGCAGAGCCCCAGUCCGCCCCUGCACCAUCCAGCGCACUCCCCCCGGGCCCCCUCUUCCAGCCCCAGUCCUCCUACAGCCAUCCAGCCCAAGCGCAAGUGUUGCCUGCUGCGGCGACGAAAACUGCUGUUCACCCUCCAGCCGGUCAACUCAAACGGCACCAGUGACCGGAUGGCCAGCCAGGAUGAGGGCAGUGCUGUCUCCUUUAACUCCCAACCGUACAUUGCUAUAGACUGGGAUUCGGACAUGAAGAAGCGCUACUACAACGAGGCGGAAGCUGAGGGCUACGUCAAACACGACUGCAUGGGCUACACGUUGAAAAAGAACCCCGUGAGACUGCAGGAAUGCAUUGAGCUAUUCACCACGGUGGAGACGCUGGAGGAAGAAAAUCCUUGGUACUGCCCCACCUGCAAAAAACACCAGCUGGCUACCAAGAAGCUGGACUUGUGGUCGCUGCCGGAGACCCUGAUUAUUCACCUCAAGCGCUUCUCCUAUACCAAGUUCUCCCGGGAAAAGCUCGACACCCUUGUGGAAUUCCCAAUCCGGGACCUCGAUUUCUCUGACUUCAUCAUCAAACUUCACGAAAAGAAACCACGACCAUUUGUUACUGCAAGAAUACCUUAUUGCUUAUUGUCCAACCACUAUGGUGGGUACCUCCGUAGAGAUGGGCAUUACACUACGUUCGCCCGGAACAAGGACAGCGGGACGUGGUUCUACUUUGACGACAGCAACGUCUCAGUGGUUUCCAAGGCUCAGAUCGAGUCCAAAGCUGCCUACGUCCUCUUCUACCAACGUCAGGACAAAAUCUGCCACCCGGCUCCCCCUCCUGCAUCCGCCAGCUCCGCCGGUGCCGGAGAGCAGGAAGACUACGAGGCCUGCUGCGAUUCCCUCCCCAGGCAGCCCACGAGUCGAGACUUCAUGGACGUGGACUGACCCUCAGCCGGCUCCCCUGCUCGUCUUUGCCACAACCAGGGAUGCAGGAGGAAGCAAGAGCCGCACAUCUUCCUUUCGUCAGACUGACGCUUGCAGCUGGAUUCUCUCCAGGGGCAGCGCUGAACUUUCGCAGGCCUCGGAACAUGGUUUGGGCAGGGCCGGAAAGGACUCACCGUAUGCCGCUCCCCCGUGCAUUGCACAGGCCUUCCCUUGCUCUGAAGGGGGCGGGAGAGCUUUGUCCCACCCACCCCCUUUUAGGGCCAGCGUGUCGCACCAGCAUUUUGUAAGAUAAAGGGCGCUGGGCUGAGGGGGUGCGCGCGUGUGUGUGGGGUGGGAUCUGGAUCCUCCAUCUCAAAAGCAUGGAGACAUUGUCAGGGCUUGAGCUUCCAGACCGAGGGGGGAAUUGUCAUGUGGAUCGUUCCCGAGAGCCCCUUGGGUAUGCUGCCCCACCUCGCCCCCGCAACUGCGGCUCCUCACUUAGCUCUUUUAGCAUCCGGUUGACGGCCCUUCUGCUGCUGCUUCUGAAUCCAGGGCUUCUUUCCGUGGGGUCAGCUACACCAGGCCCUCGUUCUGCUCAGGAAGGUUUUUACAAAAGGUAUUCUCUCAUUCUCUCCCCUGUGCUCGGCCACCAGUUUGACACCCACCCACCCCACUCCUAACCCGGUCAACUGCGAGGUGCUGGAUUAAGGCUUUCUUGCCUCCUCCUUUCCCCUCACUUAUCAAGUGCCUCCUUCUGCUCCCCCCGCCCCUCAAAAAAGUAGAGCAAUAAUUUCUAUAGCCCUCCUACCACUUGGACUUGCAUGUGUCUCUUCGGCUGCCUUUCGGUCGCAGCGUCCUGGUUUUUGAGCGAGGGUGGGGCUUGUUAGCUGCUCGGCUGAAAUCUGCUGCUCCAGAAUUUUAGCAUCAAGGCCUAUUGGUGGAGGGUGUGGGGGAACUGAGCUAUGUUCGGUACCUGGAGCCCCAGAGCAGUUCCUGCCCCCAAGAGUUGCUCUUGCCACAACCACUGUCCCCUUUCCAGCCACUUCAGUUGAGGUCAGGGAAGCAGUGUGGGUUUCGGCUUAGGGAUACCCCUGGCCCUGGAGAGUGGGCGGGAAUUCUUCCCCUUUCUCUGCUCGGCGUCUUGACUGCUGCUGCUGCUUUCUAUGCUCAGGGAUCACACUGGUUUGUAAAUAGGUUUCUUGCACGCAGAGCGGGGGCGGGGCAGGAUGUGGAGGAAGGUGGCCUCGGCGACGCACACGGCACCGGCUGACCGCAGGGCCGCAAAGCGUAUUUUCUUAAGGGUUUUUGGAAAGACGUUUCCUUCGCUGGACUUGUGGGGCUGUUUCUUCUUAGUGAGUUUUCCCCCCACCUUUUUUUGGAAGAAAAUAUUUUUGGCAUGUGGCAAAAACCUGUACAUAAAACAACUUCAUUUAAA